CUCAUCAAUAAAUAGAUAUCCUGUCACUGAACAAAUGAUUACAAGAGAAAAGAGGACAUUAGGGUGUGUGUGGGGGCGGUUGCUGAGGAUGUGGUUCAGCUGGCAAAGUACUUGCCCACUAUACACACAGAUCUGGGUUUCAUCCUCACCACCAUUUAAACUGGCCACAGUGGUGCACACCUGAGUCUCAGCACUCAAGCGGUGGAGGCAGGAGGAUCUAUAAGGUCAUCCAUCCCCAGCUACAAAUCAAGUUUAAGAACAUAUCAAAUUCAAGGUUAGUCUGGGCCACAAGAAACCCUGUCUCAAGAAACAAACAAACAAAAGCAGCCACCAUAUACACAGGAGCUGUUUCACACGUGUGCACAGAUACUGUCCCUUCAAACUACUGUUUCUUCCUUUCUCCCUGUCUUGCUCAGCUCCUGUAUUUUUACAGACUCAGAUUGACUGCCCUUUCGAGGCAGGAUGCAGAAACACAGGAGCAAGCUGGUGGAAAGCGAUACCAUGGAGAGCAGCCAGAUGAAUUGAGGGCAAAAACAGCGGUAUUCCACACAGACUCUGAGCAGAAUGAAAAGCAGUGAUUCACAGCACACUGCAGUAAACAGGCUUGGCUUUCACUCUGAGAACAAUUGUGGGAUUGGGGUCAGUAAGGGGUCCAGGUGGGGAGGCAUCAAGAUACAAGGCAGCCAGGCUCCUCCUCCCUAGAGAUGCGUCGCUAUCAACCUCAAUCCAUUGCCUUAAUCCUUUUCUGCAACCCCACCCCCACAAUUCCUCCUGUUGACCAGUGCCCUGGGCCUUUAAGAGUUGGAUAGGCUGGACCUAGGAGAGCGCUCACACCUCUCCCCACCCCACUCCUCCUCUCUGGCUGUAACUCUGCCAGUUUACAGCAGCAAACUGCAGUGGAGGGUGGAAGCAGUCAAGUGCAAAGGAGAAAAGGAGUCUUGUUCUCAGCGGAGAGCACUGCGGAGCUCGGGAGGCGACCCUCGCAGACACAAGAUUACUAUCCUACCUACGGAUUCACCCAAAGCCCUUUGCUCCUCCUUGUUCCGUUAGGUGACUCUGGCACCAGCUGGUGGAGCAGUGGGUGAUGACAUCUCAGAUUCAAGACCUACUAGCCACUGAUCAGGACCUGCUGCUGAUGCAAGAAGGCACAAUGAUGCGCAAGGUGAGGACCAAAAGCUGGAAGAAGCUAAGAUACUUCAGACUUCAGAAUGACGGCAUGACAGUCUGGCAUGGAAGUCAACCAGAAAGCAUGCCCAAGCCCACUUUUUCGAUCUCUGAUGUGGAGAGGAUACGUAAGGGGCAGGAUUCUGAGUUGUUGCGCUAUCUGGUGGAGGAGUUUCCCCUGGAGCAAGGGUUCACCGUUGUCUUUCAUGGGCGCCGCCCCAACCUGGACCUAGUGGCCAACAGUGUUGAAGAGGCCCAGAUUUGGAUGCGAGGACUCCAGCUGUUGGUGGAUCUUGUUGCCAGCAUGGACCACCAGGAGCAAAUGGAUCAAAUGUUGAAUGAGUGGUUCCAGCAAGCAGACAGAAACCAGGAUGGCCGGAUGAGUUUCAGAGAAGCUCAACGGCUGCUGCUUCUGAUGAACGUGGAAAUGGAUGAAGAGUACGCCUUCAGUCUUUUCCAGGAGGCAGAUGUUACCCAGUCUGAUGAUCUGGGGUCGGAAGAAUUUGUACAGUUCUAUAAGGCCCUGACUAAGCGCACUGAGAUUGAAGAAAUAUUUGAGGACUUCUCAUCUGACAAACAGAAGCUGACCUUGCUGGAAUUUGUGGAUUUCCUUAGAAAGGAACAGAAAGAAAAAGACCAUGCUCCUGACCUCGCUCUGGAACUCAUUGACCGCUAUGAGCCUUCUGAGAAUGGCCGAUUGCUGCAUGUGCUGAGCAAGGAUGGCUUCCUCAAGUACCUCUGCUCGAAGGAUGGAAACAUCUUCAACAGUGACUGCCUCCCUAUCUACCAGGAUAUGACUCAGCCUCUGAGCCACUACUACAUUAACUCUUCUCACAACACCUACCUAGUGGGGGACCAGCUUUGCGGCCAGAGCAGCGUUGAAGGAUACAUACGGGCCUUGAAACGGGGGUGCCGCUGUGUGGAGGUGGACACGUGGGAUGGACCUGAUGGAGAGCCUGUUGUUUAUCAUGGGCAUACCCUGACCUCUCGCAUCCUAUUCAAAGAUGUGUUGGCAACUCUCGCGCAAUAUGCCUUCCAGUCAUCAGACUACCCUCUCAUCUUGUCUCUGGAAAACCACUGCACCUGGGAACAGCAGAGGACCAUGGCACACCAUCUGACCGAGAUCCUGGGAGAGCAGCUGCUGAGGAACACCCUAGAGGGAUUGCUGGUUGACAGCAUGCCCUCGCCAGAGCAGCUUCGGGGGAAGAUCUUGGUGAAAGGAAAGAAGUUAAGAACAAUUGAAGUUGACAAGGAAGAAGAAGAAGAAGAAGAAGAAGAAGAGCUGGAGAAAGAUGAGGGGCCAGAUCUGGACCCAGCCUCCCCUGAGUUGGACACUCAACCUCAGCCUGAGACCCAGGGGCAGGCCGCUGGGAACAAGAAGGAGAGGAAGAAGAAGGUUAUGAAGUGUCCGAUGUCUUGUCUGCUUAUCUGUGGUCAUGUUAUGGCCCAGGCUCCUAGUUCCAUUCCUGAGUCCAUUCUCUUGUCAAAGCAGUUUCUUCUCCUGAGUUCCACAACCAUCAUGUGCCCAGACCUAUCUGCCCUGGUUGUCUACUUGAGGACUGUCCCCUUCUGCAGCUUCACUCAUUCCAAAGAAAACUACCACAUCUAUGACAUUUCAUCCUUUUCUGAGUCCAAGGCCAAGAACCUCAUCAAGGAGGCAGGCAACGAGUUUGUACAGCACAAUGCCAGACAGUUAUGCCGCGUGUAUCCCAGUGGUCUGAGGACAGAUUCAUCCAACUUUAACCCCCAGGAACACUGGAAUGUAGGCUGCCAGAUGGUGGCUAUGAAUAUGCAGACUGCAGGAAGUGCAAUGGAUAUCUGUGAUGGGCUCUUCCGCCAGAAUGGUGGCUCUGGCUAUGUGCUGAAGCCAGAAUUCCUGAGAGAUACCCAGAGUUCAUUCAAUCCUGAGAGGCCAAUUAGUCUUUAUAAGGCCCAGAUCCUUGUAGUCCAGGUGAUCAGUGGCCAACAACUCCCCAAAGUGGAUAAAACCAAAGAGACAACCGUUGUGGAUCCACUGGUGAAAGUAGAGCUCUAUGGUGUUCCUGAAGACACAAAGGAGCAAGAGACCAGCCAUGUGGAGAACAAUGGUAUUAAUCCAUACUGGGGGGAGACUUUCUAUUUCCGGCUCCAGGUACCUGAACUUGCUAUGUUGCGUUUUGUGGUAAAGGAUUAUAGCAGGAAAUCCCGAAAUAACUUUAUUGGCCAAUACACCCUACCUUGGACCUGUAUGAAACAAGGUGAGACAAACCUUGGACUCUUGGCCAAUAUCCCAACUGUGGCUCCCUUCCUGAUUGAAUUCUUCUGCCCAUUUCCAGGCUACCGACAUGUAUCCUUGCUCUCCAGAGAUGGCACUAGCCUCAAUCCAGCUUCCAUCUUUGUAUACACCUGCAUGCAGGAAGACCUGGAUAUGGAUGAGCCCUGAGAAACACAGGGAGGGCCUUGAAGAACAAUCUACAGAUGCACAAUCCUUUCCAACCUACAACUUCCUCAAAAUCCAGAGCCAGCCAAAGGAUCAAUGAAGGAUCAAGGUUGCCAGGCAAAGGUUGAGGAAGAAUGCCUGACUCAAAACUGUGACUCUAGAGAACAAUGCACAGCCCUGAGACCCCACUGGACUGCUGCUCCUUAGCUGGUCUAAAUAGAGCUUCUCUGUCCGA